CAGCUAUAUCAACAAUUCACCAUUUUACGACACAGAAAAUAUCACUCGAAUUAUAAAUGUUUUCGUGUUUGAAUAUUCUUGGCGUAAAUUAAAUUCGUUUACUGUUUUAACAGUUGCAUGCAACUUUCUCCGAACCAAGAAAAAAAAUGAAAUUACUUUAUUAUAUACCAAUAUUUUUCCUAUGGAAUUUGGCCUCUGCGAGUGGUGAGCCACACUGUUCACGAUUUCACUAUGAGGAGAAGUUGUUAGAGAAAAUGGUGAGGAUGGAAAUUAGAAUGGAGGAGAUAGAGAGAAAUUUGGAGACAGCGACUGGAAAAAAUAGACUUUUAGAGACAGACGUAAAAGAUCUGAAGGUUCGGAAUAACGAUAAAGUAACGUUCUUUGCAAAAGCAAAAUCAAAUCAGCUGUCAAUGAACAAACAUCAAACGCUCAUAUUUGAAGAUGUUGUAACAAAUAUCGGUUCAACCUAUGACCGCACAUGUGGAAAGUUUGUGGCACCAAAAUCCGGGACCUAUGUGUUUUUUUCUACAGUACUUGGACGCAACAAUGCUAUGAUAUUUCUCUACCUUGCCGUAAAUGACCGCCGUAUUGUAAACUUCUGUGCCCAUGGACUAAGCGACGGGCACGACAGUACCAGUGUGACAGUUCCACUCCAGCUGGAUACCGGCGAUAUUGUAACAAUUAAAAAUAACAAAGACGGCGGAAAUAUUCAUGGAAACGAGUACUCAUCAUUCGGAGGAUUUCUACUGUAUUGAUAAAUGCUACAGAUGGAUCGUCUUUGACAGACAAUAAUGCGUUUCAUGGCGUUUCCUUGUAGCCUGUGCCACAUUAAAUGUCGAUUCAGCUGUUCAUUCAAACCGACAUAAAGUUUUGAACUUUAAUUCCAAGUAACUAAAUUAAAUCUAUUACAAAUCUCCCAGAGUAGCGCUUUAAGACUUUUUAAGCAAGAAAAAAUGACAAAGCUAAGAUGACUUUAAUAAGUUAGCUGCUGAUCAACUGUAUCUACUCGAAUAGAGGUUAACGCUCGACUAUACAUUCUGGUAAGUCGUAUAAGACAUAAUGUGAGACAUACACGGUUAUUACGUUAGCUCUAGAAAUACUGAUAUAACAUGGUAUAAGUCAUGAAAAGACGUAAAAUAAUACAAAAUACUGGACAGGAUAUUAUGUUGAUGCGUUCAGUUGUGCUACCAUGACAUUGCUUUAAAAUAAAAUAAAUGAUGAAAUAGUA